AGGAGAAUAAAAAAAUCAGUGCCUGGCUGCUGACAGCUCAACGUAAUUCCCAUGCAUGUGGAACUUUUCUAGUUAGAAUAGCUUUCGUGUCCUUGGGACCAUGACAGCUCUGUUUCAAACAGUGUGGUUAGGAAGCGUGAGUGGAUUUUACUCGUGUUUUGUCACAGAGGGGAGGAGGAUGUAAAAAAAAAAAAAUAGCAGCCGCCAUCUUUUGGAAGUGACUGGGAGUGGGGAGUUAACGUUAACAUUAACGCUAGCUUUCGAGCUAUUCACGUCCACUGGCUUGUUUUUUUUUUUUUUUUUUUUGGUAUUAUUAUAAUUAUCUCAAGCAGUCAUCACAUGAAGCGCAAGAAUAAACACUAACGAUUUCGGACACUAUUAGGGUGAACGACUUGGCAGCGAGACAAGGAUUAUCGAGGGGCUGAAGGAAUAACAAACCCGUCCACAGUUGUGUCAAAUCUCUGCUCCACUCCUCUGUGGCUUCACAGGCCAGUUGUUUGCUGCCUGCUCUUCUUCCCUGGAUAAACUGCGUUGGAGGCUAGCCGAGGUAGCAAGCCUAGCUAAGAUUUCCCUCCCUGAUUCCUGUUUUCUGUCAAAACUGGCCUGUUGGACGGGUCCCUAUGCACACGCUGCCAUUCUCUGGCAGAUGAGUCUUCAUCGGGGGCUUGCGCGUCGCAGUCGCACGGCCAGAUAGUCCCCUGCGAGCGCAGCAUGCCCUCCACCAGCAGGGCAGGGAACCUCAAGGACCCCGAGAUCGCGGAGCUGUUCUUUAAAGAAGACCCUGAGAAGCUCUUCACUGACCUGCGCGAGAUUGGACAUGGCAGCUUCGGAGCUGUGUAUUUUGCACGUGAUGUGCGGACUGCAGAGGUGGUGGCCAUUAAGAAGAUGUCCUACAGCGGAAAGCAGUCCAAUGAGAAAUGGCAGGAUAUCAUUAAAGAAGUAAAAUUCCUCCAGAGAAUACAGCAUCCUAACAGCAUAGAGUAUAAAGGAUGCUACCUACGAGAACACACAGCAUGGCUUGUGAUGGAGUACUGUUUGGGUUCAGCUUCCGACCUCCUUGAAGUUCACAAAAAGCCCCUUCAGGAAAUCGAGAUUGCAGCUAUCACCCAUGGUGCUUUGCAGGGGCUUGCCUACCUUCACUCUCAUAACAUGAUUCACAGGGAUAUCAAAGCUGGGAACAUCCUGCUGACUGAACCUGGCCAGGUCAAACUGGCAGAUUUUGGUUCUGCCUCCAUCGCUUCUCCGGCCAAUUCCUUUGUGGGGACGCCAUAUUGGAUGGCUCCAGAGGUGAUCCUGGCUAUGGAUGAAGGGCAGUAUGAUGGAAAGGUAGAUGUCUGGUCCCUUGGGAUCACCUGUAUAGAACUAGCUGAGAGGAAGCCCCCUCUGUUCAAUAUGAAUGCAAUGAGUGCCUUAUACCAUAUAGCGCAAAAUGAGAGCCCAGCACUGCAGUCUAGUGAAUGGACGGAUUACUUUAGAAAUUUUGUUGACUCUUGUCUUCAGAAAAUCCCACAAGAUAGACCCCAGUCAGAUGAUCUGCUACAGCAUGCAUUUGUUCAGCGAGAGAGACCAGAAACUGUCCUGAUUGACCUGAUCAUGCGAACCAAGGAUGCAGUCCGGGAGCUGGAUAACUUGCAGUACCGCAAGAUGAAGAAGAUCCUCUUUCAGGAGGCCCACAAUGGGCCAGCUACUGAGGCCCCAGAGGGAGAUGAGGAGCCUGAGCAUGGGGCUGGGCGUACAGGCACGGUGAACAGUGUAGGAAGUAACCAGUCCAUCCCCAGCAUGUCAAUCAGUGCCAGCUCUCAGAGCAGCUCUGUCAACAGCCUUCCUGAUGCUGCAGAUGAUAAGAGUGAACUGGACCUGAUGGAAGGAGACCACACCGUGAUGUCCAACAGCUCUGUCAUACACCUCAAACCUGAAGAGGAAGAGGUUUACCGAGAUGACCCGGAGGCACGCAGUCAUCCCUCCGAGGCCCAGGCAGCUCCAGCACAGCCGCCCCCACGCAAAUACCACCGAAACCGCGAGCACUUUGCCACCAUCCGCACAGCCUCACUGGUAACUAGGCAGAUGCAAGAACACGAACAGGACUCGGAGCUGAGAGAGCAGAUGUCUGGCUAUAAGCGCAUGAGGCGGCAGCACCAGAAGCACCUGAUGGCCCUGGAGAACAAGCUCAAGGCUGAGAUGGAUGAGCACAGACUGAAGCUGGACAAGGAGCUGGAGACUCAGCGAAAUAGUUUUGCGGCUGAGAUAGAGAAACUGGUCAAAAAGCACCAAGCAGCCAUGGAGAAAGAUGCCAAGUCAUUUGCUAAUGAUGAGAAGAAAUUCCAACAGCACAUCCAGGCCCAGCAAAAGAAAGAGCUAAGCAGCUUUCUCGAAUCUCAGAAACGAGAGUAUAAACUACGCAAGGAGCAACUGAAAGAGGAGUUGAACGAGAACCAGUCCACACCCAAGAAGGAGAAGCAAGAAUGGUUGUCCAAGCAGAAGGAGAACAUCCAGCACUUUCAGGCUGAGGAGGAAGCAAACCUACUCCGUCGACAGCGCCAAUACCUAGAGCUCGAGUGCCGACGCUUCAAACGCCGCAUCCUCAUUGCCAAACACAACGUAGAGCAGGACCUCGUGCGAGAAGAGUUGAAUAAACGUCAGACCCAGAAGGACCUGGAGCACGCCAUGCUGCUGCGUCAUCAUGAGUCUAUGCAGGAGCUGGAGGUGAGGCAGUUAGGCACCAUCCACAAAAUGAGGACCGAGCUCAUCCGCCUGCAGCACCAGACCGAGCUCACUAACCAGCUGGAAUACAACAAGCGCAGAGAGAGAGAACUGCGCCGCAAGCAUGUCAUGGAGGUCCGGCAGCAGCCCAAGAGCCUAAAGUCCAAAGAGCUACAGAUCAAGAAGCAGUUUCAGGACACCUGUAAAAUCCAGACGCGGCAAUACAAGGCCCUGCGGAACCACCUGCUCGAGACCACGCCCAAGUCAGACCACAAGGCCGUGCUGAAGAGACUCAAGGAGGAGCAGACGAGAAAACUGGCCAUUCUCGCUGAGCAAUAUGAUCACUCCAUCAAUGACAUGCUCUCCACGCAGGCAUUGCGACUGGAUGAAGCCCAGGAGGCGGAGUGUCAGGUGCUGAAGAUGCAGCUUCAGCAGGAGCUGGAACUGCUGAAUGCAUAUCAGAGUAAAAUCAAGAUGCAGACCGAUGCGCAGCAUGAUCGUGAGAGGAAAGAGCUAGAACAGAGAGUCUCACUGCGCAGAGCCCUCCUGGAACAGAAGAUCGAGGAGGAGAUGGUGACCUUGCAGAACGAGCGUUCAGAGAGAAUCCGCAGCCUGCUGGAGAGGCAGGCGCGUGAGAUCGAAGCCUUCGACUCAGAAAGCAUGCGUCUAGGCUUCAACAACAUGGUGCUGUCCAACCUGGCCUCUUCCGACAGUCACAGCCACAGUUUUCCAGGUAUGCCAGGCGCAUGGGGUUCACCACACAGUGCCGGCUCACAGGGGCCACACUGGGGCAGCCAGCAGAGCCACCAUCACCACCACCACCACCACCAUCAGCACCAUGCCAGCCAGAGCGGCUCCAUCCAGCAGCCCUGGGGACACAGCGGGCAUUCUCCCUGGGGCCAUCAUGGUUCAGGCGGCAGCCAGCGGUCCAGUGGUGGCGGGGCACGGAACAGCCCUCAGGCGUCACGGAGAACCUCAGGUGGAGGUCGCAGCGAGCAGGGAAUGAGCAGGAGUGCCAGCAUCGCCUCUCAGAUCUCCAACGGCUCGCACCUGUCAUACACAUAAGCCAGCCCGCUCUAACACUCCACCCUCAACACACACACACACACACACACCCUGAGAGGGGCAUGAGGUACACCAAGGUCAGAGAGGAGACACAGAGCCCUGAGUGGUAUUUUCUUUCUCAUUCUCCCUCUUCCACAAUUUAAUUUUUGCAGUUGUGAAAAUGCUUCACUAAAAAAAAUGCACCUUAUAUUUCGAAUCCUCAUUGGAAAAGCCUCACAGGUUCAGAUAUAUGUGUGAAUAUCAUCAAUCUGUAGAAUGCACUGUAUAUGGAGCAAAGUCAUUUUAACAGUGCGUUAAUAUGAGAAAUGGAACGCGAGUGUGUGUGUUUACGAAUGUGUUUAGGAUAGAGAGGCUUUUUUUUGAACGUAUAUAUAUAUAGCAGGGGCACAUCAUGCAUCGUUUUUUUGUUUUAACGUUUUGCACAUUGAUGCCCACGAUGAAAGAACGCAAACCAUGAGGACACGCUAGAAGCACUAUUGACCCGAUGUGAUGGCGAGACGGAGAUGUACCUCGGUGUGCUUUGUUUACAUCGUGGUUUCAGGGUAUGUAAUCGAUCAUGUCACAGCUUAAUCAAUAACUUGUAAGCACACGGCCCCUUGGUGUGAAUGCGCAAGAUGCCCUUGUAUAUGGAAAGUUCUUUCUGUUAAGUGCAUUCGAUUUGCUGAGACAGGAAGUUACAGCAGGGUUUUAUCGUGAGAUGCUUCUUACGAGGCUUUUUUUUUGCAAUUUGAUUCCUCAAAGAAUGUAUAGCCUGUUCAUCUUCUCAAUGAGAACCAUUGCAGUGAAGCAGUAUGGUUUGGUGAUCUGAGAUGAUCGAUUUUAACGCUAAGGGUUUUAAGGAAGGAAACAAAAAGUGGCACAGGAUGCAGAAGGAAAUGGUAAUCGUCAGUGAUUUAGGAAGCCAGUUAAGUAUUUCUCCAAGUAAUUAGUUUUCUUUGGCCACAAUCUUGAUUUUUUUUUUCUUUUUUCUUUUCAUUAAUGCUGUUCCUUUAAUAAAAUUAUUAGCAGCAUUGAUUGCUUUUAAAAGUUAAACACUAAGAGCUCUGAAAGAUGGUUUUGUUUCGUCUGUGCUAGCUAACAGGGUUGGUGAGAAACCUGAGAACUACCGAUACUUGCUAAGGUUUUUCUUUUUAACAAAAGUGGCACACAAGAUGCGAAAGGAAAUAGUGAUGUUCGAAGCCAGAGAGUAUUACAUCUGAGAGAUUCUGUAAAAACUACAUCAUACAGUCAUAGUGUGCCUCACGCUGAACGUCUCAGCUCGUGUACAAUCGCACAAAAACGGAGCCACACGAUUACAUUUUAUUUCGUUUCAGGAUAUUUUUGUACCUUUUGCAUCGAUGUGAGAAUCCUAGAGAGAAAUGUAGCAGUGAUCUUAUUUAUAUGUCCACACUAAUUCUUAAUACAAGCACAAUAGCAACUGGGUUCCAUGAAUUGCCUUGGAAUCUUGUUGCUUUAGAAAACGGAAGCAUUUAUUUUACCGUGUUGCAGGUUGUUUAAUGGAUUUGAAAUGCUGAAAAAGGAAAUAAGUUAGAAAUAUCUUGAAAAAGUGAGCAUAGUGAUGGCUGAUAUGGGUAGAAAACGAAGCUGUGUGUGUGUAUACUUUCUCCUUGCUUAUGUAGGAUGAAUAGAAAAUAUCUGAUUAUCAGUCAGAUAUUUGAUUCCUAUUCAAAAUGCCAAAGUUACUUUGAUCCCAGCUAUGCAAAGAGGAGGUUUUUAGCAGCUGCAAAGACAAAACUAAUCAUCAUGUGCUGCUCUGUGUCCUCUCUGUGUCUCAGACCUACGGUGUGUUCUCUUCUGCCCCUCUCCCGGCUUGGCGUCAGGGCAGUAUAUGUGGGUUUGGGGGUGGGAAGGUGUCUUUCAGGCAGGCUUGUGACCGGUGAAUGUUUUUGCUGGGUGAGUGCGAAUGGGUGCCGCUGCUGUCACCUCUGAUCACCUUCACGCUCAUCCCAGAGCCCCGGGCAACUCCUGCCCAACAUCUUCCCUCAAGCAUCGUUUCUAAUUAUGUGUACAAACAAAAGAUUAAGAAAAACAGAACGGCAGAAAGCAUAUAUAACAUGUUUUUGGAAAAUAGUGAGGAGACAACUUUAAGCGGGAUGUAUAGAGAAAGUCUGUGUAUAUUGUACAAAUAGAAAAUGUUUAAAAAAAAAAAAAAAAAAAAAGCUAUUAUAAAUCUAUGAGCCCAAGAAAUACCCAAAUUUAAAACCCAGGUAUAAAAUUAGCUGCUUGAAUAUGUAGGGAAUAACAAAAACCCAGCUGUGUCUAAACAUAUAUUGAAAGCAGGAGAUAUCAUGUUAAAGGAAAAUCCAACACCUUGCAUCCUCCCUGACGCGAAUAGCGUUUUUGCAUUUUCCACGUUGUUGCUCGUCAGGCUUCUGCUGUUCAUUUUACCGAUGGCAACGGAGACCUUUUGGUGAAGCUUACUUUAUCACAUGAUCCAAGGAGGUCUGCCUCAUGUUCUAGUAACUGCCCCCCCCCCAAAUGCAUCCCAGACUCUCAGUCCCUGAACGCUUGUCUUUGCGGUCAUUUAGCGAACAACUAGUGUUGUAUAUGUUCUCUAGUGUUCUCAUGGCAUCGCUGGUCAUGUAGAGAUGUCAACAAACUUUAAUUUAGCUUAUAUGUUACAAGCCGACUGAGCCAUUGCACUUUCAGGCCUCAAAGGAUUGGGGCCAAAUUAAAAAAAAAAAGAGAGAGAGAGAGAGAAGCUAACAUGCCAAAAUCACUUCACAACCUCAUAAAUGCUCGAUUGGAAUCCGGAGAGCAGCCACAAGACCCAAAAAUAUAACAGCUUAUUCCACCUGGACACUGGUUAAGGUCGGUCACUCUCCUUUAAGCUCCAGCAGCAUGGAGAGGACAGAGGUGCGUCUUCUUGCGGAAGUGUAAUCUCAUGCGUCCCAUGGCAGCCCGCUACGUCCCCCUGUUUUAAUGAUCCCUUUAAAAGCGUGAGAACGAGGGAAAUGGGCAAUAACAAAGCAAAGGGGUAUGUAUGUACAGUUACAGUGUGUUCACCAGUAUUCCUUCAGAAUUAUCAAUUAUUUUUCCUUUUUUUUUUUCUGCUUCAACAUUACCAUAACAAUCCAUAUAUAACCUGUAUUAAAAUGUAUAGAUUGUGAAAAGCUGAAUGUCAUAAAGAUUAUAACAACCAGUUGUAUGGCUAUUCACACGAAGAAGAAAAAAAAAAUCCAAUUAAAAUGUAAACGAAAAAUCUGAAAACUUUAUGGGGACAAAUGUAAUGUUUUGUUUGUAAUUACUCCUUUUGUUGGCAGAGGGCUACUGGAUUAAAAAGAAAUCAUCUGUAAUAAAGUAAUUUUAAUAUA